GGGAAAGAUUGCUACAAGAUUGCUAAAGGACAUGAGGAUGCAGACAUCUCCAGAAUUCAGGAGGAGGAGGGGAAGGCGAGAUCGGGUCGGAUCCGCAGCCCCUUCCCCAACAUGGCAAUCCUCAAGGCCUCUCGAGCCAGGCUGCUCACCGCUCGCCACGCCCAUGUUGUUUGUUCUUCGGCCAGAUAUCCUCACGCAGCUGACUUCAUCACUCAUCCACGUCCCCCGACCAAAGCCGCAUCUUACUAGAGCCGCCAUAGUGCUUGAAACGCUCCUUCGCCUUUUGCCAAGGGUCUUCGAAAUUGGCUUAAUCGAAGGCGUUUCCGAUCGUAUAGGUAUUCAUAUCUAGAUACGACCUGACGAGUAUCACCGUUCCGCCAAAGAGAAUGUCAAAACAUCGAACCAGCCGAUGG